AUGGUCGACGACGGCAAGACCGAGGACGUCGUCGACGAGGAGACCUUCGAGUGUGACGUGUGCGACGACGGGUCCCAACGGCCCUUGUACGUCGGCGGCUGCAGCGACGACGAUGACGAGUGCGACUGCGAGCUGACGGUCGACGAGGAGGACAAGGAUCAGGACAUAGACGACCUGUGCGAGGCGUACACGGCGGCGAGGGACGACAUGGAUGACGCGAUUGAGGCGUACCGCAGGCUGACCGCGAUGCCCAAGGACGAG